CGUCGAACGCAACUUUGGUUCCGAUACUACCGUGACGGACGAUCGUAGUGAUGCUCAAAAAGAAGCCGACAAGCAGCUGGCUGAGCGUUUGUCAGCCCUUAUUGAGGAUGCGAACUCGCGUGUAGUUCCUCUGUGUAAGAUGAUUCACAAGGUAAUUACGACCUUGGCUGGACAUUCAACUGUUUGCUGAUCCUUUCUAUUAGCAUAUUGAAAACAUGGACGCUCGAAAAGAGGAAGAUAGGGAUGAAGGCGAGCUUGUCAAGCAAGUAAAGCCGUUGCUUGAGCAAGUCGAGCAGAUCUUGCACCAGACCGAAGGCGCCAUCAAAGGUGCCGACCCCGACAAUCGUCUGACCAACAAGGCCAAGCGUCAGCAGCAAGAUCACCAAGCGACCCCCGAAGAACAGCGCCUCGCAGAGGCCGUAAAAGUCCUCGUGGAAGAAGUGGGUGGUACGAUUGAGUGGGCGAAGAACAAGCUCGAUUCCUUCCCCAAAGCGAAAAGGGAUCUAGGUCCCCUUCUUGAUGCUUUAGGCCAGCCCUUAACUCAAAUUGUCGGUGGAGUCGGGCUUUUGCUUGCCGGCGUGCUCAACCUAGUCGGUCGUCUCUUGAGCGGCCUCGGUCUCGAUAGUCUACUCAAAGGGAUAGUAGCUGCCACAGUAAGUCCUCCUUUUUGGCGCUUGGUUGAUCAAUUCUUACAUUGAACUGUCAGGGCUGUGAAGACGGAUCAGCUUAGUACCUUCGUCUAGUUUUCUGUAGCCUGAAUUAGUAAAAAUAGCAUUGUAUCCUAUUAAACAAGGCGUCGGAGUUACAAGUCAGUGCUUUUUGG